AUGAGCCAACUCAACAAAAAUAAACCUGUCUUUAGUUUACUAAAUGAUAUUCAAUCUUUAAUUAAAUCUAACGAUCCUGCUUUAAUCCAAAAAAAAUUAUCUUCUUUAUUAUCAGUUAAUUUCUACCAGAACCCUUCAAAUUUUGCUUCUUUACAAAACGAUUUAAUAAUCAAUAACAAUAAUAGUUAUAAUGAUUUAGAGAAACUAAUUGAAUCCUACAGUUUUUUUAAUAAUGAUUUGGACUCUUUCAAUACUCUAAUUCUAUCCUACUUGAAUCUAGUCAAAUCUUUAAAUCCCUCUCUCUUGCUAAACUCGUUGAAAUAUCUAAUCGACUAUUUAAAUAACUUGAUCUUAUUCUACUUAAACCCAUCUUAUGGCUAUUACUCAAGCUAUUUGUUAAUCAAUUCCUUAAACUUUUUAAUCCCCAUCUUAAUCCAAUUUAACCGGGUUUUAAAUUCAAAUAAUCACAACAGCAACAAUAACAUAAUCCUAUCAAAUUUAUCAAUAAAUCUAUUGAAAAUCUUUAAUAACAUCAGAUCAAGCUUUUAUAAAAACAACCUCAAAAUCAACCUACUACUAUUCAUCUCAAUAAACUUAUGCAAAAUUUAUUAUCUAAUUAACCAACCUUUAUUAAUCCAAAACAUUUUCAUAAACAUCAACACUUUAAAAAAUCUAAACUUUGACAUCUUUCCUAAAUCUCAACAAAUAUCGUACAGGUAUUAUUUGGCUAACCACUACUUCAUCAAAAACGAUUUAAUCAAUAGUUUUCAUCAUUUCAACUGGUGUUACAAUAAUUUUUACUCUCCAAAUUUAUUGAAAUUAAAAAAUCCCACUAUUAAACUAGCUGAUAUUAAAAAUUUAAAAAUAAUAGUAGAAAAUUUAGUCGUUAUUGGUUUACUUUUAGGUAAAAAGAAUUUUAAUCAUUUAAAUAAUCUCUUUUCGAAUUAUCCAAACGACUUUAAUUUCAUUUUAACUUACUACAAUCCUAUUUUAAUAGCUGUUCAAUCUGGUAACUUGAACUUGUUCAUUUCUCAUUUAUUCAAUAACCAAUUUUAUUUUAAAAAAAAAAACUUUUUAAUUUUAUUAAUCAACAAAGGCGAAUUGUUAAUCUACAGAAAAUUAUUUCAAAGGGUUUAUUUAUUAAGAAAAAAUCUAAUAUUAUCAAACUACAACAAAGAACAUGACGAUGAUAAAAAAAUUGAAAAUGAAAUCUCUACUAUUGAUUACAAUUGCUUUAAUAUCGCUUUAAAUCACUCAAUUGGUGAUUUAUACUCAAAAAUAAGCACUAACACCAAUAAUUUCAAUUAUCUUUUCAAAAUUCAAACAAAUACUGAAUCAAACUUAAUCAAUGAUGAAUUGAUUGAAAAUAUUCUUAUUUCUUUGAUAAACUCAAACUUUUUAAAGGGUAAUAUCUUUCCAAAACUACAAAAAAUCAAAGUUUCCACGAAAAAUAAUCCUUUCCCAGAUAUUUUUCAAAUAAAUAAUACUAGAUUUUCUUUAAAUAAAAAUGACGCUUGGUUAGAUAAAUGA